AUGCUCGUGCUCGUGGCUGGUGCUCGUGGCUGGUGCUCGUGGCUGGUGCUGGUGCUGGUGCUGGUGCCGGUUCGGUGCCCAUCCGUGCUUCUCUUUGCGCAGCGCCAUGCUGCGCGCAAGUCACGACCCAGCAGCUUGCGUGCUCGCCGCAACACACACGCGCACGCGCACGCGCACGCACACAGCAUCAUAUGCAGGCUGCAUGAGCUGGAGCGAAAGGCUCGGCUCGGCUUGCUCGAUCGAUCGCGUGCCGUGCCGUACCGUACCGUGCAGCGAGCAAGCUAUCCAGCAGCAGCAGCAUCAGCAUCAGCGCAAGGCUAG